AUGACAAUGACAGAAAAUGCCCAGUCAAAUAUCACCCUGAUUUUGAACUCCUUUGAUAAAUUCAUACACCUCAUAGAAAAUCCAUAUUGGGUGAAAAAAGCGAAUGUUGAAGAGAUAAAAACUGCUUUCAAAUUAGGAUCAUUCAUAGAAAAAGUUAUUAAAAACUUUGGAAUCAAUGAGCUAGAACAAUUUAAUAUAAUAUUGCAGAAAUGGUGGAAAACAAAUAACCAUUAUAAAAUCUACGAUAAAUGUUUUUUUGAAUUAGCCUGUGAUAAGCUCCUAGGAUUAUUUUUCAAGACGGAAAAUAUACCCGAGAAUAUUUUAGAAAUUGCGAUAAGAGUAUACACAUCCUUAUACAAGCAAGAGAGGCUCAGGUCCUUUUUAUCAAAAAUGAUUAUCCAGUCAAGUUCUGUGGAAGCAGUUGCAGAUUUUGUAAAAAUAGUUUCUGACCCAAAAGAACUGGAAUAUGCUAUAGUACUGCAACAUUGGACUCAUCUAUGUCAAACCAAGAAACAAGAUAUAGUCAAAAACAACAUUGCAGAAAUGUUAAAAUCAUAUAAAGUCACUUCAUCUUUACCCAUACUGAUAGGUGUACUCUCAAUAGAUGAUAUCAAAGAAUCUGAUAUUUUUACACAACAUUUGAUAUUACAGAGUCUUUUAGAUAAACUGUUGGAUAGAAGUUUACUUAGUAAGGAAUUUUGGAUAGCAUUAUGUAAAAUGGUAGAUAAAACAUUGUUAAUAAAAGUUUGUGCCAAAAAUGAAGACUUUCUGAUAUCACUCUUAAACUUUGUUGUUUAUACUGGGAGUCUUAUGAAUAAGGCGUGUCAAGGUGUUUGGCAAACAGAUUCUAGAAUAUCUUUUUGUACAGAAAUAGGAUAUGAUGAUAUAUUUCAGAUUUUAAAUAGUCUAGUGAAAGCAGAUGAAAAAGUUAGAAAGGUGGUUAUAGGUAGAUUAUCUGAUGCUAAAAGUGAAUUUGAUUCAGAUAUUUGGGAUGAUUUGAAAAGAGAUCUGAAUUAAUAUCUUUAUGUUAAUAUAUUCUUUAUACAUAAUAUCAUUUUUGGACUAUAUUCUAAUAUUGUGCAUGGAGAAGAAUUCAAGAAUUAUAC